UAGAGAAUUGAUGACGAAAUCGUCCGUUUAUAUUUCUUCGACUCGAAAUUAACACGCACUGUUAGCGUCUCUUGUUUCGUAACGCUACAAGUGUGAAUGAGUAAUGCUGCUUCUGCUAGAUAAUAUCGGUGUGACAAACAAACGAGGAAAGUAAGCCUCGGAGUUCGACGAAGUAUAAAUAAACGCAGCGAUUAUGAAUAAUUGAGGAAAUCCAUCGCGCAUUCUGGCUGCAAAUGCCAUUCCAUUUGGUGUAGAGUGCGAAAGUGGUACACAUAGCAUACAUAACGGCGGCGAUAUGUUAAUAAGUGGGAAAAUGCCAGUAUUGAUGAUUAUUGCGUGUAGAAAUUCAUGAGUGUGUGUUAUCGAGUCUAAACAAUAUAUAUGAGUAAGGAAGCUCUCCCGUUUCGUUGAUUUUGCAGUGCACAUUCAUUGGAGAAGGCCCGCACAAUGACAUUUCUACUGCAGAUAUUACUACUGAUCGGGAGCGUUGCGCUGGUGACUGCAGAUACCGAGGGUAACGUAUGCGGGGAGAAUGAAGGAUCCUAUAUAUGUGGAAGGAUGUGCGAGCCGACGUGUGACAAUCCUCAACCGAAUCCCCGAUUCUGUCCGAGAAUCCAAUGCACAAAGUUCACCGAAUCCUGUCGUUGCCACGAUGGAUAUCUGAGGGAGUCCUCGGGUGGCUGCGUCUCACCGGAGAACUGCCACAAGGCUCACCAACAAUAAAACGUAUCUUAUAAUUUCAUAAUAAAUUAUAGAACUUAUAGUAGUGCUACCAUAUCAUAUCGUUGAGUGGCAACCCACGCACACUACACCGACGACUGGGUUCGAAUUCCAGCCUCGUCAAUUCCGAUAUUUGUAAGGAUUGCAUUAAGCAUCCCUCCUUCAUACCAUGUAUAUAUAUGUAUGGCUGAACAAUCAAUUAGUAAGAAAUGAAAACAGUUGAAUAGAAAUUUUGAGAAACGACCAUAAUUGUGAUUCGAUAACACAUUGGAAAAAUACUUUUGGAGUAAAUAAAAAGACCUUUUUCAUUCACAAA